AUGCACGCCGUGGAUGUCUUCGAGUGUAUCAACAAGUAUCAGCCAAGCAAGCCCACCCGGCUCAUGAUCGCGAUGGACAGAGCCGAGAAUGCCCAGGCGAUCAUCGUAGCUUUCCAAGGACUGGUGCCUUUCAACGCUUACGACUGGAGCUCGUGCUUCGAUUUCUCGUGGUACGAGUUCCCUGGAAUAGGACGAGUUCACGUUGGCUGCCUUGAGGCUCUCAGCUUGGUGGAUCGACAGGACAUGGCCACUUUCACCAGGCUCAGGCGAAACAUCGUUGACAAGCUUUCGAAAGAAAAGACCACGUCAGACGAUGAAGCAGCGGAGCACCAGAGUUUACCCGAUCACGAGGAAGAAGCAAGAACUUUUGAUACUGGUGGGGAUGGUUCGGAAUUCUACAGCACCGAGGAAGCGUUAGAAGAUCACGAGCUUGAAAAUGACGAGAAGUCGGACAAUACCAUUUCGGACAAGGACGACGAGAAGAAAACUUCCGGCGAAGAGCCGGGGAAGCAGCGGCAGAGACCAUUUUUAUCCGGCCUUCCCGAAGCUGGCACCGCGGAGAACAGCCGCCUUCUCGCUUACGACGCUGCCUGUCUCAAGCUGAAGGAGCUUCUAGCAGUUCACAAGGAGGCCAAAGUUUAUAUCACCGGCCACAGUCUCGGGGGCGCGCUUGCUACCGUCUUCACUUCCUUCCUCUUUCACGCCAACGAGAACCAAGUAACGAGCAGGCUGGCCGGAGUUUACACCUUUGGACAGCCCAAAGCUGGCGAUACCGAAUUCGCUGCUGACGUGACCGUCAACCUCAACCAUCCGGAGAACCGAUUCUUCAGAGUUGUCUACUCCAACGAUAUUGUCCCUCGCCUUCCGUACGAGGAUCUAGCGUUCCAGUUCAAGCACCUGGGACCCUGUUUCUUCUACGGCAGCAGCUACGGGGGCGAGACCGUCCAAGAGGAGCCUACAGCGAAAAGCUUGUCGACUAACCAGCUGCUUCCCGACCAUGCCGUCGCAACCUGGGAGCUCCUCCAGAGCCUUCUCUUGCGCUACAAGUUCGGUGAAGCUUACAAAGAGACGUUGGCGUCGACGAUGUUUCGGCUGGUUGGUCUCUUGUUCCCGGGAAUCGCCGCUCACAGCCCCGUGAAUUAUAUCAAUGCCAUCAGGCUGGGCCCCGAGGUCCUGGACGCGGAGGUGAUGCCAAACUAGCUGCUACAUUGAUCGUCUCUGCCAGUUUCUUUCUCUUUUGGAGGGACGAUCAGCACUCUAUCUUUUGGAGGAACAAUUCGCACACUGGAAGUGGUCGUCGUAUCGCUGAGCUCUCCCAACGAUAGGGACGCCAUCAAACGAGUUUCUUUCAAAGAAAUAACCUGUAAGAAUAGAAGGAAGAGAUGUUCUAUGCUUGUAAAGAUGAUAAGAAGAAUACCUGGUUGAGCUU